GCAAUGAGAAGUGACAUUUUUUGUGGGAUCAGCUUAUCUUUCAGACUGGUGUCUCUCUGCUUGCUGUGUGUAUCAACUGGAAAGCCGUGUGAGAUCAAAAAUAAAAUGGCUGAUUGCAGUCACCAAAAGCUGACUCAAAUUCCCUCUGAUCUCCCAAAGGAUAUAAUAGGCUUGGACGUUUCUCAUAAUCAGAUAAAAAUACUGUCUCCUGAGAAUUUCACCAGGUACAACCAGCUGGUUUAUUUGAAUGCAGGGUACAACAGCAUCUCCAAGCUGCAACCAAAAUUGUGCCAAAAUGUGCCUCUGUUGCAGAUUUUGAAGCUAGAACAUAAUCAGUUGCAUGAACUUUCUGACAAAGUCUUUGCUUCCUGCACCAACCUGACUGAGGUCAAUUUAGGAUAUAACAUAAUAGAAAUCAAAAACGAUCCUUUCCAAACCCUGAAGAACUUGAACAUUUUGGAUCUAUCUCAUAAUAAUUUGGAGUCAGCAAAUCUAGGAUCACAAGAACAGCUGAAGAGCCUUCAUGAGCUUGUGUUGUCUAGCAAUAAGAUCAGUGAACUAAAAAAGGAAGACUUCUAUUUUCUUAGAAGUACUUCCUUGAAUAAACUUGAUUUGUCAUCAAACCCACUAAAACAGUUUCAUGCAGGAUGUUUACGUGCAAUUGGAAAACUGUAUGGGCUCAUACUGAACCAUGUUGAACUUGGUGAAAAUUUCACAAAGAAACUUUGUACAGAAUUAUCAGACACAGCAAUUCAGAACCUCUCGCUGAGCCAAGUGAAGCUUUCAAAUGUUGGCCACUUAACUUUCCAGGGACUGCAAGGAACAAAUCUUACUGUUUUAAAUCUUUCCAAAAAUUCUCUGUCCAUCUUAGAAGAUGACUCUUUUCAAUGGCUUUCAAACUUAGAAUAUUUAAACCUGGCAGAUAAUAAGAUUGCUGAUGUGACUUCUCGAUCACUUUAUGGAUUGUCCAGCGUUAAAUAUCUGAAUCUGAAAAAUUCUCUUACUGGGAAAAUUGAAGAUUUUUCCUUUCGUUGGCUUCACCACUUGGAGUACCUUAUAAUGGACAAUAACAAUUUUCCAGGAAUUACUGCGAAUAUGUUCACAGGCCUAAACAGCCUGAAAUAUCUGAGCCUUUGUAACUGCAACAUAAACUUACAAAGAAUAACCAAUAAAACAUUUUCAUCACUUGCUAAUUCCAGUUUGCAGAUUCUCAACCUCACAAAAACUAGAAUUUCUACAAUAGAAAGUGGGGCGUUUUCCUACUUGGGACACCUGAAAGUUCUUGAUCUUGGCCUCAAUGAAAUUAGCCAAGAGCUCACAGGUCAUGAAUUUAAAGGUCUCAAUAAUAUACAAACAAUCUACCUUUCCUAUAACAAAAACUUGAUUUUGCAAAGUGAGUCCUUCACUUUUGUUCCAAGCCUUAGAAAACUGAUGCUGAGAAAGGUAGGUUGCAGCAAUCUGGCACUUUCUCCUUCACCCUUUCACCCUCUACAAAAUCUGACAGUCUUGGACAUCAGCAACAACAACAUAGCAAACAUAAAAGAUGACUUAUUUGAUGGACUUCACAAACUUGAUAUUCUGGAUUUGCAGCACAAUAAUUUAGCUCGGCUUUGGAAACAUGCGAAUCCAGGUGGCCCUGUUCUUUUUUUAAAAGAUCUUCCCAAGUUGCGUAUUCUUAAUUUAAGAUCAAAUGGAUUUGAUGAGAUUCCAGUUCAGGUCUUCAAGGGUCUGUUUCAGCUAAAUGAUUUGGAUUUGGGAUCAAAUAAUUUGGAUUUGCUUCCAGCAACUUUAUUCGAUGACCAAGUUUCUCUGAAUUCAUUGAACCUUCAGAAAAAUCUAAUAACUUCUGUUGAAGAAAAAGUGUUUGGGCCAGCUUUUAAGAGCUUGAGAAAACUAGAGAUGGAUUUCAAUCCAUUUGAUUGCACCUGCGAAAGUAUUGCUUGGUUUGUUGGAUGGCUUAAUGUGACCCGGGCCUAUAUACCUGGAUUGCAAAACCAGUACCUUUGUAACACUCCACCUAAAUAUCAUGGUAGUCUGGUGUUGCAUUUUGAUACUUUAGCCUGUAAAGACAGUGCUCCAUUUCAACUACUUUUUGUGAUCACUACAACUGCUGUAAUGCUGCUCAUCUUUAUUGUUUUUCUCACCCAUUUUGAAGGUUGGAGAAUAGCUUUCUACUGGAAUAUUUCAGUAAAUCGAGUACUUGGUUUUAAAGAAAUUGACAGACAGCAGGAAGAGUUUGCUUUUGAUGCCUACAUUAUUCAUGCAAAAAGGGACAAGGAUUGGGUGUCUGAGAACUUUAUUUCUUUGGAAGAAAAUAAUGAGUUUCGUAUUAAGUUCUGUUUAGAAGAACGGGAUUUUGAAGCAGGCAUGUCUGAAUUUGAAGCCAUAAUUCAAAGUAUAAGAAGGAGCAGGAAGAUUAUUUUUAUUGUGACUGAACAUCUUUUAAAGGAUCCGUGGUGCAAGAGGUUUAAGGUGUAUCAUGCUGUUCAUCAAGCUAUUGAACAAUGUCGUGACUCCAUUAUAUUGAUCUUUCUUCAUGAUAUCCCAGACUACAAGUUGAAUCACGCACUUUGCUUGAGAAGAGGAAUGUUCAGAUCUCGCUGCAUCUUGAACUGGCCAGUUCAAAAAGAACGAGUCAGUGCAUUUCAUCAGCAGUUAAUUAUGGCACUUAAGUCUAAUAGUAAAGUGCACUGAAUUUUGA